GGAACGCUAUGGCUGAGCGAAAUUCAGCUGGAUUACUAAUGAUGAUGUUGGAGCCGACACCGGCUAUCUCAAUGACUCUGCCGGCAGAGGUUCGGGAGAAGCUGGCGGAGCUUGAGCUGGAGCUGUCUGAAGGAGACAUCACACAGAAGGGCUAUGAAAAGAAACGAGGAAAACUUCUGGCACCCUACAUACCACAGAUUCAAGGCGUAGAUCCAUCUCUACAGAUUGAACAGAGAAUCCAGGUGUCGUCUCAGGCUGCUCCAGCUGGAUCUAAACAGAACAAAAAUCGGGCAGCUAACUCACGGGAUGAACGGUUUCGAUCAGAUCUGCACACAGAGGCUGUACAAGCAGCCUUGGCAAAAUACAAAGAGAGAAAGAUGCCAAUGCCCUCAAAAAGACGCUCCGUUCUAGUCCAGUCCUCUGUGGAGGCAUGCACCCCUCCAGACACCUCAUCGGCUUCAGAAGACGAAGGUUCCCUACGUCGACAGGGACGGAUUACCUCCUCCACCCCGUACCAGGCCCAUCCCAACGUAGAGCACUGGUUUAACAGAGUUAUCCAGGGUUCCUCCACCUCAUCCUCUGCAUCUUCCACCUCAUCUCAUCCAGGAGGGAGGCCCCACACCAACACCACAACCGCCGCCGCUGCUACCGUACUGGCCGACUUCAUGGCACACACCCAGCUAGAUAACCACUCCACACCACCAGACGUGACGGGCCUAGCCGAGCGUUCGGUGCAUGCAGAGCGUCCUCAGAUGGCCUCGGUCAGAGGGCUCCCACGGGGCUACAACCACACCAGUGUCAUGGAAACCGCAGACGGUGUUCCAGUGAACAGUCGUGUUUCCUCUAAGAUCCAGCAGCUCUUGAAUACGCUUAAAAGGCCUAAGAGACCCCCAUUACGCGAGUUCUUUCUCGAUGACUUUGAUGAUCUGGAUGUCCAGCAGCCAGACCCCAACCAGCCCAAGCCCGAGGGCACGCACAUGAGUCCGCUGAACGGAGAGGCCUUGGGCGUGGUUAGCAACUGGCCACCCUCCCUACUGGCAUCUUUACAACGCUGGGGGGCCGCACAACCCAAGAGCCCCUGUCUCACUGCACUGGACAACGCUGGCAAGCCAGUCUACGUCCUCACCUACGGAAAGCUAUGGUCACGGAGUCAAAAACUCGCCUAUACACUACUGAACAAGCUGAGCAGCAGGAACGAGCCUCUUCUACGGCCGGGAGACAGAGUUGCGCUUGUGUUCCCUAACAACGACCCCGUCAUGUUUAUGGUGGCGUUCUACGGCUGUCUCCUAGCAGAGCUGGUACCUGUGCCCAUUGAGGUGCCCCUCACGCGAAAGGACGCAGGGAGUCAGCAGAUCGGCUUUCUUUUGGGAAGCUGCGGUGUGACCUUGGCACUGACCACAGACGCCUGCCAGAAAGGGCUUCCCAAGGCACAGACGGGAGAGGUUGUCACCUUUAAAGGCUGGCCAAGGUUGCUCUGGUUUGUAAUUGAUGGCAAACACGUAGUAAAACCUCCCAAAGACUGGCAUGCUCCAAUCAGGGAUGCAAGCAAUGAAAUAGCCUACAUCGAGUAUAAGACGAGUAAGGAGGGGAGCACAAUGGGCAUUGCCGUGUCACACUCUGCCACGCUGGCACACUGCCACGCACUCACACAAGCCUGUGGAUACACAGAGGGUGAAACCAUCACAAAUGUCCUGGACUUUAAAAGAGACGCAGGCCUGUGGCAUGGAGUGCUGACAAGUGUUAUGAAUCGGAUGCACGUGAUCAGCAUCCCCUACUCCCUGAUGAAAGUGAACCCCCUCUCCUGGAUCCAGAAAGUACACUCCUAUAAAGCGCGGGUUGCCGUGGUGAAGUCCAGGGACAUGCACUGGUCACUUUUGGCUCAGCGCGAUCAGAGAGACAUCAGCCUGAGCUCUCUGAGGAUGCUAAUUGUAGCAGAUGGAGCUAAUCCCUGGUCAAUCUCCUCAUGCGAUGCCUUCCUAAAUGUUUUUCAAUCGCGAGGGCUUCGACCAGAGGUCAUCUGCCCGUGUGCCAGCUCUUCUGAGGCCAUGACCGUCGCUAUUCGCAGACCUCCAGAGAUGGGGGUACCUCCUCCAGGAAAGGCAGUGCUAUCCAUGAGUGGUCUGAGUUAUGGAGUGAUUCGAGUGGACACAGAGGAGAAACUCUCCGUACUCACAGUGCAAGACGUGGGCCAGAUCAUGCCGGGAGCCCUGGUCUGUGUGGUGCGGUUGGAGGGAACGCCAUACCUGUGUCGGACUGACGAGGUUGGGGAAAUUUGUGUCAGCUCCAGCAGUACUGGCACCGCCUACUACGGCCUGCCUGGGAUGACGAAGAACAUCUUUGAGACUAUUCCAAUAACUGCGUCCGGGGCUCCCAUUAGUGACAAGCCUUUCACACGCACAUCUCUGCUGGGCUUCGUUGGGCCGGACAACCUGGUGUUUGUUGUGGGCAAAAUGGAUGGGCUGAUGGUUGUUAGUGGGCGGAGGCACAACGCAGAUGAUGUGGUUGCCACGGCGCUAGCAGUUGAGCCUAUGAAGUUUGUUUACAGAGGGAGGAUUGCUGUGUUCUCCGUGUCUGUGCUCCAUGAUGAACGCAUUGUGGUGGUCGCAGAGCAGCGGCCGGAUGCAUCAGAGGAGGACAGCUUCCAGUGGAUGAGUCGAGUUCUGCAGGCCAUUGACAGUAUUCACCAGGUGGGAGUGUAUUGCUUGGCCCUCGUUCCUGCCAACACACUACCCAAGGCCCCUCUGGGUGGCAUCCACAUUUCGGAGACGAAACAGCGCUUUCUGGAGGGAGCCCUGCACCCCUGCAACGUCCUCAUGUGCCCGCACACCUGUGUCACCAACCUGCCCAAACCCAGGCAAAAACAACCAGAAGUGGGACCCGCCUCCAUGAUAGUGGGAAACCUGGUGGCGGGAAAGAGGAUUGCACAGGCAUGUGGGAGAGACGUGGCUCAGCUGGAGGACAAUGACCAGGCACGUAAGUUCUUGUACAUGCAGGAUGUGUUGCAGUGGAGGGCUCAGGCCACCCCUGAUCAUCCACUUUUCCUGCUGCUCAACGCCAAGGGCACCGUGGCAAGCACAGCGUCCUGUUUGCAGCUACAUAAGCGUGCAGAGCGUGUUGCAGUGGCUCUGAUGGAGAGGGGUAGACUUAACACUGGAGACCACGUAGCACUGGUGUAUCCACCUGGUAUUGAUCUGAUAGCCACAUUCUAUGGUUGUCUGUAUGCUGGCUGCGUCCCAGUCACUGUCAGGCCCCCACAUCCACAGAACCUAGCAACAACCCUCCCCACUGUCAAAAUGAUUGUUGAGGUCAGUAAGUCGGUGUGUAUUCUUACCACUCAAGCAAUAAUGAAGUUACUCAAAUCCAAAGAGGCAGCCGCGGCCGUGGAUGUGAAGUCAUGGCCCAUGGUGUUGGACACAGAUGAUCUCCCAAGAAAGAAAGCACCUCAGCUUUACAAGCCACCAACUCCAGAAAUGCUGGCGUACCUGGACUUCAGUGUAUCUACCACUGGCAUCCUAGCAGGAGUGAAGAUGUCCCAUGCUGCCACUAGCGCCCUGUGUCGCUCCAUUAAGCUGCAGUGUGAGCUGUACCCAUCACGCCAAAUUGCCAUCUGCCUGGACCCCUACUGUGGCCUGGGCUUUGCUCUUUGGUGCCUAUGCAGUGUAUACUCAGGCCAUCAGUCUAUCCUAGUCCCACCUCUGGAGCUGGAGAGCAAUGUGUCUCUGUGGCUCUCUGCAGUCAGCCAGUACAAAGUACGUGUGACCUUCUGUUCGUACUCUGUCAUGGAGAUGUGCACAAAAGGCUUAGGAUCGCAGACUGAGGCCCUGAGGUUACGGAACGUGAACUUGUCCUGUGUGCGUACCUGCAUGGUGGUGGCUGAGGAGAGACCUCGCAUUGCCCUUACUCAGUCCUUCUCUAAGAUCUUUAAAGACCUGGGCCUUUCUCCUCGAGCUGUCAGCACGACCUUCGGCUGCAGGGUCAACGUGGCGGUUUGUCUGCAGCCCAACAGGCUGGGCAAGUUGGCUGAGCAGGGCACAGCUGGACCAGACCCCACCACAGUUUACGUGGACAUGAGAGCUCUGAGGCAUGACAGAGUACGACUGGUGGAAAGAGGCUCUCCUCAUAGUCUACCACUAAUGGAAUCUGGGAAGAUCCUUCCAGGGGUGAAGGUGAUCAUUGCCAACACAGAGACUAAAGGACCACUGGGAGACUCACAUCUGGGAGAGAUCUGGGUCAGUAGCCCCCACAAUGCUACAGGAUAUUACACCGUUUAUGGGGAGGAGGCGCUACAUGCAGACCACUUCAGCACCAAGCUGAGCUUUGGUGAUACACAGACAGUGUGGGCACGCACUGGGUACUUGGGCUUCCUUCGCCGUACCGAGCUCACAGAUGCCAGUGGAGAGCGUCAUGAUGCAUUGUAUGUGGUUGGAUCUCUUGAUGAAACUCUAGAGCUGAGAGGAAUGCGUUAUCACCCCAUCGACAUUGAAACAUCUGUGAUCCGAUCUCACAAGAGCAUUGCAGAGUGUGCGGUGUUCACGUGGACCAAUCUGUUAGUGGUGGUGGUGGAACUGGAAGGGCUGGAACAGGAGGCCCUGGAUCUCGUGGCCUUGGUGACCAACGUGGUUUUGGAGGAGCAUUACCUGAUUGUGGGCGUUGUGGUGGUAGUGGACCCCGGCGUCAUUCCCAUUAACUCCAGAGGAGAGAAGCAACGUAUGCACCUACGAGACGGCUUCUUGGCCGACCAGCUGGACCCUAUAUAUGUGGCUUAUAACAUGUGAGAAUGGCGCCAAGGCGUCGUCUGCAGAUGCUGAACAUUUGCACAGUGUGCCAGUGAAUUGGAGAGAGACCAAGAGAGAUGAG